AGAAGAAGAAGCAGCAGCAGCAGCAGCAGUGCCAGGGCCCCAAGGCCCCGGGGGACAUCCCCGUGCCCAGGUUCAGGAGGGGCAGGGGGGAGUCGGAGCGCUCCUACAUCUGCCGCAUGCAGCACGAGGUGCAGCGCAUGCUCUUCCUCGCCGAGAACCAGAUCCAGAGGGAGCCUGAGAAGGAGGGCACGGCUCCAGAGAAGUCCAGAAGGAAAAAAGAGUUUCAGAAAAGGAAGCUGGAAAAAGCUCGGAAGAAAAGGGAGGAGAAGAAGGAAGCCAUGCUGGAGAAGAGCCUGAUGCAAGACACGGUGCCCUUCGGAGAGGUGGUGACACAGCCCCCCACCAUCACCUCCCGGCCCAGGGGACGGGGUCCUGCCGAGCAGGCUGGACGGAAGCAGCUGCUCCUGACCCCUCGCCUGGGUCACAGCCAGGC